AUGCUUCAUUCAACGUUUUCCGAUCCUGUGUUGCAGGACUUGUUAUUUGUGGGUGGCGAGAUUGGCACCCUGCAGGCUUUUAGAGGAUCAGACUUGGCCAUCGUUCUGGGAGGCAACGUUGGUAGCCGUGUGACAUCGGUGACCUACGACCACGACAAUGGGGAAGUGAUAGCUGGCGGGCUGAAUGGCCGUGUCGUAUUCAUGCAGGUUUCAACCCUGCAAUCCAUAGCUACUGUGGACGAGAACUUGGGUGGAAGCCAAGUCAAUUCGGUAGCAUUUCUGUCCUACUCAGACGACGUUUCAGUCUACAGUGAAGUUGCAAGCUGUAGCUAUUUCAACUCGAACAUUCGAUUGUGGAGCAUGAGCUCAAAGACAGUCACGCGAGAGCUGCUCGGCCAUAGCAAUGUGGUUUUGGCCCUGAAGCCUCUAGAUGGUCUGCAAAUGCUCAGCAGCGGCUCCAUUGAUGGCUUCCUGGGGCUUUGGUCGCUGCCUUUGGCUAGGCUGCAAGCAGAUGGGAGGAUUUGCUCAGGAAGUACUUUCGUGCCUCUGCCGACAGCGUACUUGCUUGAGGAUUGCAUUGCAGCUGCAUUGCAGCAAGCAUCCCCGGGAGGAGGGGACUUUUUUGUGUACGGUCAGAUUGGAAGCACCUCUGCCAACGAAUGCCAAAUGCUUCAAAAUGUAGGUACGUGCAACGUGCUGAUUGCGGCACCGUACACAAUGUAUCAGUUUGAGCUGCCUCGAAAGCAUCUGUUCAAGGCCCAUGAUGGUGCCAUUCGGUCGAUCGAGUCGAUUCCCGAGCAGGGUGGCCUAGUAGCAAGUGCCGGAGAUGAUGGAGCUAUCCAUACUUGGAGUCCAGACACGGGCUUGAAGGUACGUGACUUCGGAUCUGGUCAGUCUGCCCUGAACCAUGGCAUCAAUUCGAUAGCCUAUUCCAGCACGCUUGGUGCUCUUGUGGCGGCCACCUUACAUCAGCUAGCCUUCUUCGACACAUCCACAGGAGAGCUGCUGACGAUGAUUUCCAGAUCAGCAGCGUCUCCAGCACUGUCACUGAGCAUGGAUGCACAGAAAUUGAUGUUUGGCCCCAGCUUACGCGUUGUCCGGAUGGUUCCUUUCCAGCUUCAACGAGUCAAUGUGAUCCCUGCCCAGCUGGCCGUGCCGGAACUGGUGGAUUCUGUGACGAGGUUUGCGGAGUUGGCAGCCGGAGUACUGGAACUACCUGCGAGCUUUGUAGUCCGGGCCAAGCAGGAGAUGGACAAAGUUGCUCAGACUGUCCACCAGGAUCAGGCGGGGCAAGUGAACUGCAAGCAGUGCCCCCGCGGGUCUGCGCAGCCAAAUUCUCGGCAGACGAGCUGCAUCGCCUGCGGAGAUAACUCGGCGGCGCCCAUCGCGGGCUCUGAGUUGUGCCAGGAGUGUCCCGAUGGAACUGAGCCCAGCGCCGACCAUUCGGACUGCUUGACCUGCUCGCAAGGUACAGCAGGUCAAAGCGGCGUGUGCAAUCAGUGCCAAGAUGGGCAGCAGAAUUCGCCGGAUUUCACAAUCUGCAUUCCGUGUCCAACUGGCAUGUUCGGUACCAAUGGAUUUUGCUCCCAGUGUCCCGACGGAAUGCAACCAGACUCAGCGCGAUCUGCUUGCAUUUCAUGUUCCCAUGGAUUCGCCGGAACCGCUGGUGUCUGCAACCUGUGCCCUGCCGGUGAAGAACCGGAUGCUGCUGCAGCGAUCUGUUUAGCCUGCCCGACAGGAAAGGCAGGUCUAAAUGGCAGCUGCAUCACUUGUCCUGUUGGGAUGGUGCCAAGCGUCAACCGCUCUGUCUGCAUAUUCUGUUUGGAUGGACAAGUGGCACAGAAUGGCUACUGCCAGAUCUGUCCAGAUGGAAAGCUUGUGGCGGAGAACAGGUCUGCUUGCCUUGACUGUCCGGAUGGCUAUGCAGGGACUGGAGGCCUGUGCGAUCUCUGCCCAGAGGGGACUGGUGCUAGCGCAGACCGCUCCUUUUGUGAAGAUUGUGCAGAAGGUUACUUCGGUUCAGCGGGAUCCUGCAAUCUUUGUCCCAAUGGAACGCGGCCAGUGCUGGGACAAAACUCUUCUUGCAUCCCAUGCCCGCCAACAACCGCUGGAACACUUGGAGUCUGCAUGCAAUGCCCCGAUGGUACGCAGCAGAAUUCUGAGCGGACCUCAUGUGAGAGCUGUCCGAUUGGUACCGCCGGAACUGGUGGUAUAUGCAAUGUCUGCACUUACCCUCUAAUGCAGGACGGAGCUCGGACUUCCUGCACUGAGCAGUCGGGGCCACGCAUUCUUUAUGGAGCAUCGCGCUGCAUCGAACACAGCUGCAGGGACCACUUCCAAGAAGCUGACCUGCUGUACUGCUGUCCCACUCCCAGAGGUUUCCCACUUGCAUGUUGCGAUUCCCAGGUACGUGUACACCGCAUGGAACCGGGCGUUGUCAAGCCUAGUCAAGCCUGCUUGCACCUAAAUCGAGUGCAGGCUGCAGUGGCGAUGUUAGCGCAAGUGCUUACUUGCCUUUACAUCUGCUGGGUCUGGAGAUCAGAGUCCUGGGCAGACUGGCGCGAGAAGCUGACGACCUCUUUUCCGGGGGCUGCUGCCGCGUUGAUUUGCCUUUGCUUGCAUUCGAUUGCACUGCCGUGGAUUCUUGGAGUUGGGAUGGUUGUCCUGGUUCCAUCCGUUGCGUUGAGCAUCCUUGCCUUCGCAGGUAUGCAUCGUGCUGCUUGUCGUGCCUCUUCAGGCAUCGAGCCGAUGGCUCGAAGCCGGACAGCCAAGAAGGCGCGUGCCAUCAUUUAUUUUUGUGGAACGGCUGUGGUGACCAUUCUGACAUUGCUCGGGGACUGGAUGAUUGUCCAUUUCCUGUUGGUGCAGAUCUCGGACACAUUGAAUGCGUAA